AUGACGUCAAGAAAACCGUCAUUAAUGGCUGCACAGAGGGAAGCAUUUAUUAAAGAACAGGGGCUUUCUCAUAAAGUCAAAUCAUGUGUCACAAGGUCCCAGAAAAAAAGAGGUUCUGAUCAAGAAAAGAUAAUUGCGAUACAUAAAGCUUUGAAUAAAAAUGAAGUUCCUUUAAAACAAAAGCAUGUUCGAAUGAUUAUUGUUGGUACUCAUAAAGAAAAAUCUUCAUCGAUAUUUUGGAAUACAAUUUCACGCAUUCAGUUGGAGAAAAAUCCAGUUAUUACGUGGAAAUUUUGUCAUAUUCUUCAUAAACUCAUACGCGAUGGUCAUCGUAAAGUUAUUGAUGAAACACUACAAUAUAUUCAACGAAUUGUGCAACUAGGAAGUUUUUGGCAACAUCUUCAUUCUUCCGGAUAUGGUCUUUGCAAUACAUCUUAUUGUCGAAUGCUUGUCAGCCGGCUUAAUUUCCAUAAAAGGAAUGGGUCUUUACCCGGUAGUUUAAAUCUACCUGAAAGUCAAAUAAAUACAUUGGCGAAUGCAGAUGUAAAUCAGUCUUUUGAGUUAUCUGUCGAAAUGCUGGAUCAAUUAGAUGAUCUGAUUUCGUUACAAACAACAGUUGACUUAGUUUGUAAUGCAAUGGAAGUCGUGAGAUGGAGCUCCUUGGUGCCACAGGGUCAGUGUUUAUUGGCUCCACUUAUUCUAGUCAUUCUUGAUACGAGCAAAUUCUAUGAUUAUCUAGUAAAAAUAAUUUUCAAACUUCACUCGCAAUUACCUGCUGAUGCUCUUUCGGGUCACCGCGAACGAUUCAGUGGUCUUUUCUGUAAGAUGAAAAAAUUUUAUGAAGAGGCAUCAAACCUUCAAUAUUUCAAAUUUCUGGUAUCAAUUCCAUCAUUACCUUCAUACGCACCGAAUUUUUUGCAGGCAUCGGAUCUUGAUACCUAUCAGACUCCGCAAGCUUAUUUACGUGGAGAUAAUGUGAGUGAAUGCGAUACACCUCCCGAUGGCCAUUCAAUUAUUGAUGAUAGCCUUGUUGAUAUAUCAGAUCUACCAACUGUUGAACAAGAAAAUUUUUUACAGCAGGAUGCUAAAAUAUUAGCUGUUAAGAAUCAUUAUCAAUUAAGAGAUGCUGUUAUUGAAAAUCUUAGACUUGAAGCUCGUUCGCGCAUUGAGCAGUAUGAAAAUCGAGUUGUGCAGCUUAAGUUGGAAAAUGAUAAUAAUAAGCAUUUGAUGGACGAGAUGAAGGAAGAAUUGGAAAGAUUGCGACUUGCUUCUAUUACUGUGGAAAGAAGUGUGAUUGAAGAAUCUAGACUUGAAGACAUUGAGCGAAAGGCCCAAAAUAGUGAGCAGAACUUCCAAAAAAUGAAAACAGCAUAUUCAGCUCUUAGACAGGAACAUAUUAAUGUUCUAACAAAACUUUCCAAUACUCAAAAAGAGCUCGAAAUAAGUAAUACAGAACGACUAAAUAAGAUAGAAAUACUUUGUGCAUUAGAAAAACAAAUACUGGAAAUGGAAAAAGAGAAAGCACAGAUGGAACAAAACGCUAAGAAUGCGGCAAGUGAUGUCCAUAAUCUAGAAGUUGAAAUAACUAAGCAGAAAAUCAAUUUUGAUGAUCAAAAUAAGCGCUUAGAAGAAUUACGGGAAAGUUCAGCCCAAAAUGAAGAAAUCCUGAAACAAAAUAUAAACAAACUUGAAAUGAAAUUGGAUGAAAUAAAAUGUGAAAAGUUAGUCGUUGAAAAAGAAUCUAAUCUGACUUCUGUUGCUCUUGAUGGUGUGAGAAGCAGUUUAGCCGAGAGUGAAAUUGAAAUUGAUAUUUUGAAAAAGAAAAUUGAAACGAUUGAAAAAGAUUCACGAAAUCAAAUGGAUGAACUUAGAAAACAAUCAGCACUUUUACUGCGUGAUACUCAAAACCAUCUAUUUGCAUCAUUAUGCAAAGCUUUCAAAAAUAUUCUUCAGCAGUCUUGUGAUGAACUACAGAGUGCUAUUUCAAUUUCCUACCCAUCUCGUACUUUUUUUUGUUUUCGCUUUGAGCUUAAUCAUUUAGAACUAUCGCUUCCUGCUCUUCGAUUGGUCAUCGAAUCGUUGGAUGAUCUUAUCCAAUUGAUUGGAGAAGAAAUUAGUUCUGCUUUAUUGUAUUCGCUAGCUGUUUUCGGACAUGCUACUGCAAAUAUUGUUGUCAAUUGCACAGCAGCUGCAUACACUCGAUCUAUUCAACAUUUUGAACCUGUUCAAGAACAAUGUCGCAUUGUGAGCGCUGAUGCACUUCAUGCUUUUAGCUAUUUGCAAUCCUUAAAUUUGGAAUAUGUUAAGAUGGAAGCCUUUCCGAAACUAAAAGCGUCGUUGGAAUAUCUUGAACAGUUGUGUAUGGAUGUACCAGUGUCGAAUGAAUACAACAAAGAUGCUGUAGGUCUGGAAUUAGAAGCAGAAAUGCGAAGAGUUGAUGCCGCCAUCCAAAAAGCAGUUACGAUGAUAGAAGAAAUGCAGAAAACUAUCAAUGAGAAAAUAUUGGAUUGUUGCAAUGCCCUUAUGUCAGCAAUAGUUAUGUUAGUUAAAAAGAGUCGUGGAAUGCAAGAAGAAAUUAUCGCUUUAGGAAAGGGUACGGCCUCUCCUUCGGAGUAUUAUAAACGCAAUCAUCAGUGGACUGAAGGCCUCAUAUCAGCUGCAAAAGCAGUCGGCGUUGCGGCAUCUGUUUUCGUGCAAUGCGCUGAUGGUGUUAUUACUGGUAAAGGAAAAUUGGAGCACUUGAUUGUUGCUGCACAAGAAAUUGCUGCAAGUACAGCUCAGCUUUAUGUUUCAUCACGAGUCAAAGCGGAUCGAGAAUCACAAAGAUUUGCUGAAUUAUCUGCUGCUUCGAGAAAUGUCAAUUCUUGCACAGCUAACGUCGUCGCUAUUGUCAAAAAUGCCCAGAUUAAGUUGAGUGAUUCAGAGAAUUUGGACUUCAGUCAUCUCAAAUUGCAUGAGGCCAAAAAAGAAGAGAUGGAAAGUCAAGUACGCACUUUAGAACUUGAAGCGAAAUUAAAUAAGGAACGAGCGAGACUUGCUCAACUUCGAAAGCAACAUUAUCAUCUGGCAUCACAAGUUACGAAUGAAAAUGGAUCAAGUGAUUCAUUAAAAAGUUUUGCAAGUGGCUUCCCAUUUCAUUUUAUUUUUUCCAAAUCUAUUUUGGGCUUAAUUCUUGUGGAAAAUGAGAUGAUCGUCAUUUCUUUUUUUAAUGAUUUUAUUUUUCAGGCGGAUAUUUCUUAG